CUCGUGCGGUCAACACAUCCACUUACUUCAGUUUUAUCUUCCCGGAAAAAGAAAAUGGACUUCGAUCGAGGAGUGACUGUGUGAUUGGCUCGUCUACUGAGAACAUAAGCAGUAGCAUGACAGAUUAAGCGUUCCAGAAGAGAAAGAAAAGGAAGAAAUUUGAGCAGCACAAACUUCGCAGGCGUUGAAGUAGAAGCAGUGGCAGGAGUUAGAGCAUCUGACGUCCACCUCGUCCGCAAGACUUGUAGGGUGAGGGGCGGGGACAGGUUGUGGUGGGCGGCCCUGGAAUCCUUCACCUUCUCUCCCUACCCCAUGACGGCUGGUGGACUUCCUGGGGCCUAAUAAGUGAGUCCCGUCUGGCCCGUCACGCAGCCCCCUCCCCCCUCAGACAGCCAUGUAUCCGGAGGGGACGUGCUGGCAGUGGGUUCGCGGCCAGAUGCCCAGUGACUGCAAGAGGAUGGGGGAGGCGCCCAAGGUUCAACUCGAGGGCAGUGACCCCCGACGGAGGUAUCAAGUGACGCUGAUGGGAGGCGCUCGGGUCGGCAAGUCCACGAUAGUCUCCCAGUUUCUUUACGAUGAGAUCCUAACAAACUACAAGCCAACGGUGGAGGAAUUACAUCGUGGGGAGUAUGAGAGAGGUGAGACUCUUAUCCUCGACCUUCUGGACACUUCAGGCUCCCACCAGUUCCCGGCCAUGCGUGAGCUGGCCAUCAGACAGUCCGACGCUUUCCUCCUCGUGUACGCCAUCGACAACAUCGCCUCGUGGGAAGUGCUGGCCACGCUCCGAGAAGAGAUUGUGAAACUUCGAGGCGUUCAAGUACCCAUCGUGGUGGUGGGCAACAAAAGUGACUUGGAGGUACGGCGUCUAGUGUCACGGGCCACGUCCCAGGCGCGGGUGGAGCUGGAUUGGGGCCAUGGCUACACCGAAACGUGCGCCCUUCAACCUGACUCUGUCCUCGCCCUAUUCAAGAAGGUCCUCCACCAAGGCCAGAUUCGGUACAGACUGAGCCCCGCGGUGGAGAGGCGGAGGAAGUCCCUGCCGACCUAUACGCAAAAACAGAAGCAGGAAAAGUUCUUCUUCAAACGACACUCGUGCAAUGUUUCCUAGACGCGCGAUGAACCCCUGAAGCUUUGUAGGAAGAGGAGGAAAGGAGGAGGAGGCGGAGGAGCUGAUGGCCAUGUGUUUGAGUCAUGGUUUCCUCCCUGGCUUUACCCCACGCCCGCACCAGCCACUGCAGGACGCCUCCACGUGCGUCAACUCGCCGCUAUACUGUGUGUCAGCUGCCGUGUCAUUUUGAUUCAGUGUACCAAGUAAUGUGUGCCCGCUAAUGUCUGUCCGUCGCGGCGCUUAAGGGCGAAACAUAACACUGCACACACGGCUUCCUGCUUUAUGUUUAAGAUUGACAAAAGAGAGUGUGCCAUUUUGAUGCCCUAAAGUACGUGCUAUUCCCAGCCAGUCCUCCAGUAAUACCCUUUAGUACGGUAGGUGUCGCCGGUGUUAUAUAGGCAGAGGACAGACGAGCGGCCCACUCUAGGUGUAGUACUAAGGGACCUCAGGUAGCAAGACGGGCAGCAGCCAGCACACACCAGAGCUGGAGGCUUAAUAAUCAGAGUAUACAUUGAUACGGAAUCACACACACAAAAGUAUACCUGCACCUAACCUCUUGGGAUGGAAAAAACAAAAACAAAAAAAAAAGUGCAUAUAUUGUAUAGAAUGGAUCGGAAGGGAGUGAAUAAGAGGGAGAAAAGAAUCUAUUUUGGGUAAAUUUAAUACGCAGUCAAGUCCAAAGGUCUCCUCUAGCACGUUCAAUCCCCCUCACGUCCCGGAGGAAACUUUUGGAUAUGGAGA